GUGCAGCAGAAAACAUGGCUGCGUCCUCUAUUGGCAGCACAGACAGGACAAAACAGACCAAAGUCUGCCAAACUUUCCUGGAUGACACUUUCCACGCGUUUUGUUUUGACCUGAGACAGAAACUGAUCCGACCAUGUGGACGACCGGAAGAAGAAGUGGAGCUUUUCUGAAAAGCCUCCAUCAUUUCCAUCACUGCUGCUUGAAGACAGAGAUGAGAAGGUGCGCUAAUGGCUGCAAACAGUGGUGCUAUAAACUUAUGUCAUCAUCAUCAUCGGGACGACCGUGGAGGCUCCUAUUCUUUGGUACCGAUCAGUUCGCCGUGGAAUCCCUGAAACUCCUCACGUCCAGCAGGAAUUCCGGUGAAGGGAUCGUGGAGACCCUUGAGGUUGUUACACUACCUCAUGACGUCCCAGUGAAGAGAUUUGCUGAGCAGAACAAGCUGACCCUCCACAGCUGGCCUCUGAACAGCAUCUACGGACAGUUUGAUGUCGGCGUGGUGGUGUCGUUUGGAUGUUUACUCCACCAGAGACUCAUCAGCAAGUUUCCAUAUGGGAUUUUGAAUGUUCACCCCAGCCUGCUGCCACGGUGGCGAGGUCCAGCUCCCGUCUUCCACACCAUCAUCCACGGUGACACUAUGACCGGAGUCAGCAUCAUGCAGAUCCUCCCUCACAAGUUUGACAUCGGUCCAAUUCUCAACGAGGAGCUCCAUCCGGUACCAGAAGGCUGCACGGCUGAUGAGCUUGGAGCAGCUCUGGCAGCUAAAGGAGCUCGUCUGCUGAUCGAUACGUUGAGGAAACUUCCUGAGAAAAUGGCAAAUAAAAGAGAGCAGGCGGUGACGGGGGAAACGUUUGCUCCAAAAAUCGGUCCAGGUAUGAGCUGGAUCGUGUGGGAGGAGCAGACCUGUGAGCAGAUCGCUCGCCUAUAUCGUGCCAUCGGAUCCCGAAUACCUCUGAGGACUGUAUGGAGGACCAAGACAAUAAAACUUCUGGAUUUUGUAGGAAAAUGUCACAUAUCAGAUCAGAGGAAGAAGCCCCUCCCUGGCUCUGUGUCCUACCUGAAGGAGGCUGAUGUCCUGGCUGUCUGCUGUAAGGAUGGCUGGGUGGGAUUUAGAGCCAUUCUCCUGAAAAAACGGCUUUCAGCAGCUGAUUUCUAUAAUGGAUACCUGCAUCAGACAUCCAAGAGGAACACACCUGAUACGACCGAUGAAGGACACUUUGUCAGUAGAAAACCGGGAACUACAGAGACUCCAAAGAGAAAGAGUUCAACAUCUUGAGGACACGAGACAGAUUAAUGUUGAACUAAGACAAACAAGCCAGGGUUGGAAAAAAAAUAUCUGAAACUUCCCACAGAAAUCCAUUAAAUCCAUCAUUACCAGAUAAAUGAAUGACUCAAUCCCUUUAUUUGUCUCCAAUACGGAAAUUGUUGUGCAACAGUGAGAGCAACAGCAAAUGACAUAUUCAUUGUAAAAUGAAGUAAGUAUACUCAAUCAGAAAAGGGUAAAAAUGUAGGUAAAUAGCCUCAGGAUUUCAAAACAAUUUUAAAAUAAAGGAUUUAAAAUCAGGAAAAAACAGGUAACGGCUAUCUUCUCCUGGAGUUUAGUAGGCCAAUCGCAGAAGGUACAAACGAAUGUUUAAAGAGGAUGUGAGCAGGCUAGCAGGAUGGAUUUUGCUUUUUAUCGUUUGAUGUGAAGCUCCUGUAGGGUUUUCUGAGCAGUGCCAGUUAUUUUAGAGCUGACAUUAACCACUUUAUUUAGUAGAUUUUUGUUCUACCUUCAGUAAUUGGAGCCAACAAAUGGAGACUUGAUAAAAGAACAAUAAAACAUGGUCAUCUGGG